CUACACCGUCCAGUAACUCCAGUCUCAGCGUGAAAGGCAAUGGGCUCAGAUCAGUAAGCUGUGCGCGAGUAUAUAAAGGACCCGCCACUUGUUCCAAAGCAUAUCACUAAGGUUUCCAUCCGGGACUGAUCGAGCUAAGCUAGAGGUUCUUGAGUGCGUGCAAAGGAGCUUCGAACGUUGGUGUCGGUGUCACAAGCACCAAGCAGAGCGCUGAGGGCUGAGUGGACCUGACGAGAUUUACUCGCUCCUCUCCAGAUCUUCGCAUCCACAAUCGACAAUGGGAGUCCAGGUUGAGAUCAAGACUGACGGCGUCCCACCUCAGGAUGUCAAGUCGAAGAUCAUCCACCGCCAGUCCGGAAGAUUGUUGUGCAUGAACCGUGGACCCAAGGGCACCAUGAUUGUGAAGGACAAGAGCGAAACGACAGGCGCGGAUGAAGAAUUCUGGUCGAUCGUUCCCUUGGAGACGAGUUCAGAUGGAGUGCCGACUAAGGCCCGAUUCGAGUGCCAGCUGAAGCAAGAUGGCAACGUGGAAUAUCAGCUUGUUCCAUCCAAGAAGUACCCCGGAUGUUUCAGAUUCUACUACGGUGGCAAAUUGUUCAUCGGUCACGAAGGCGACUCGACAGCAGUGAGCACCACCUUCGGGGACAUCAGCGCGGCAGAGCUCGAUCAGGACAUCUGGUUCUUCGAGUACACACCUGCUUCCAAAGUCGUCAUCACCAUCGAUGUGUCCAUCAACGAGAUCGUGGUCAAGCUGGGAGUUCUGCUCGAGGGCUUCCUGAACAGCAGUGGGAAAAAGGCUCUGCAAAACCUCGCCCAUGCUCUGGACCUGGCAGUCGAUGAGUUCGCUGCCAUUGCUAAAGCGAGCGGUCGAGUCACUGUUGCCAAGCUCGCUGUUCUACAGACAGUGAGCGAUGCGGUGUACGAGGCGAUCGGCAGGGACUGCACCGCCAAGGAGCUGGGAGAGAUUCUCGGCAAAUUCCUCCGCAACAUGGCUGAGAUUAUCACUGAGGUUGCCAGAACCUUGGGUGCAGUCGUCGGUCUGCUCGUGAUCAAGAUGGCCGAUUUCGUCGAGAAGUUCCUCGGUGGAAUUGCGACGGCAGUAGCGAGUGGCGUUUUGGGAUUCGUGCAAUUCCUCAGUGACCUCAAUGGGAUCAUCUUCGGAAUCAGCGGCUACUUGACGGGCACAAUGUCCGCUGCUCUCCUCAAGUUUGGCAUCGACAUCGCUGUACUCGCAGAGGCCUUUACCCGUCUCGUGGCAGCCUUCGGUUCCAUCAAAUUGGACGACAACAUGACCUUGGGAAGCCUGACUCCCGAAACAGCAAUCGCGUCUCUAUCCGGAGCCGUGAGAUACGUCUUUACUUGCUUCGGAGGUUUUCUGCAGGAGGUCACUUACAAUGUUGAGCAUCCCCCCGCACCCACCGCACCCACCGCACCCACGAAGCCUGAAACUGAGGGACCUCUCUUCUCCCUCACUGGUCCGAUCGCAGAGAUCAUGGGCAAGGUGGGAGAACUCAUUUCAGCUGUUCUGAAAAAGGCCGAGGCCAAGGCGAUUCGCACCAUUGCCUUCGCUCUGGAAGCUGCGGUUGACGCUCUGAUCGUCAGCCUGAAGGGGAUCAAAGGAGUAUCCAUAACUAUCGCCGAUGGUCUCACAGCUCUCAGUGAUCUCGUGUACAAGGCUGCCACCAGCGUCCACCUCGAUGGCUUGGGCACAGCCAUAUGCAACCUGCUGAAGAAGGUGGCUGACAUCGUGGGUGAUGUUCUCGGUGACGCCCUCAAUGGAAUCGGUGCAGCUCUGAAGAAUCUGGUCUACCAAAUUGCAAUAGUCGUGGAGUACCUCCUAAAUGGAGUUAUGACGAUCAUUUUGGGACUUGCAGUCGGUGGUUCGAUAUCUCUCGGUUCAAUUCUGGCUCCCAUCGGUGUUCUUGUGGGCACCAUCACCACAACGAUUUCCGGCUCACUCUCUGUCCUAUUUAAGGGCUUGGGAAUUGAUGUGCAACCGCUCCUGCAGAUAUUCGGUCGCCUCAGCGCAGCAAUCUCCGCUCAAGACCUGACGCUUUUGGGCACCAUUUUCGCUGAUCUGUUUGGCUGUCUGGGCAAGGUCUUCACUGAUGCCAUCGGCGGCGUUACUACACUUCCAGUGUCUUCUGGGCACGGAAGUGUCAGUGACGGAUUUGUCGAAAUCAAGAUCGACCUCAUUGCUCUGCCCUUGGGAGAAGUUUUCAAGAAUGUUGGUCAGCUCAUCUUGAACGUCUUGGGCAAAGCUGGAGAGAAGGUGAUUCGAACUGCUGCUUUUGCUCUGGACGCUGCAAUCGAUGCUCUGAUUAUCGUUCUGAAGGGACUUGCCUUCAUCCCUGUUGCUACUCUGACGCUUCUCCAAGAACUGAGCGACAAAAUGUACACAGCCGCAACCAGUUUGAAAUUCGAGGGUCUGGGUGGUGCUUUGUCCGCUCUCUUGAGCAAGUUCGGAUUUAUUCUGGAAGGUAUCCUUGGUGAUGUGGUUGUCGGCCUCGGACUUGCCGUCAAAACCCUUCUGGUUCAGUUGGGAACUCUCGUCGAGCAGCUCUUGGGUGGCAUUCUCUCCAUCGUACUGGGUGUUGUCAACAUUGGAUCCGCAAAUCUAAAGCCAGUUCUAGCUCCCAUCGGCGAAAUGGUGAACCAGCUCAUCAUCACCAUCACCGGCACUCUUGGAAGAGUACUCCAAGGACUUGGCUUGGUUUUGAAGCCACUUACGGAUGCAUUGGGUCGUCUCAGCAAUGCUCUUGUUUCACUGGACAUCAAUUCGUUCGGUUCCAUUUUUGUUGAGAUAUUUUCCAGUAUCUCUGUCAUCUUCAUCGGUGUCUUCCAGAAGGUUGGAGCAACUCCUAUCAAGUACCCUGUGAUCGAUAACAGCGUUCAUGGCUCAGUAUCGGGAGAUACAGGAAAGUCUGAAGUAACAGUCAAUGUCGAUUUUAAUUUCGAGCUGGUGGCAGAACCUUUUGGCCUUAUAAUCACCAAGGUUGGAGAACUGCUCCUCCAGGUUCUGAACAAGGGAGGAGAGAAGCUUAUCCGAGACGCAGCAUUCGCCGUGGAUGUUGCCGUGGAUGCUCUUAUCACACUCUUGAAAAAAUUCGGAGUCGUCACUAUCGAUAUCCUUACUCUGUUUGACGGGCUGAGCAACGCUCUUUACAAUGCUGCCACGAGUGUCAACAGUGAGGGCCUUGGGAUCGCGUUGGAAAAACUUCUCAGGACAGCGGGUGAUGUUCUGGAAAUACUUCUGGCCGGUGCUACAGGAGCAAUCUUUGGUUUGGGCUUAGCUCUCAAGAAUGUCAUGUAUGGAUUGGGCUCUCUGGUGGGACAACUGUUGCAAGGUGUUCUAUCCAUCAUCGGUGGGUUGGCUGGAGGUCUUUAUGAUCUUGGUGCCGAUAAGCUUGGUCAACUUCUCACACCCCUUGGAGUCCUGGUGAGUGGGAUUAUUCAGCUCGUUUCUGGUACCUUCUCCGGAUUUGAACAAGCAUUGGGAAUCACCCUGAAGCCCUUCACCGACGCAUUGGGCAGGCUUGCAGCAGCCAUAACGUCGUUGGACGUUAAGGCCGUGAUUAGCCUAUUCUCUGAAAUAUUUGGAAGCUUUUCUUUGACCAUCACCGGUAUCUUCACAGUUUUAGGAAGAAUCAUUAUCACAACUCUACCUGGAAAGGUCGACGAACAGAAGCCUCCAGGAAUCACAACUCUGCCUGGAAAGGUCGACGAACAGAAGCCUCCAGGAAUCACAACUCUGCCUGGAAAGGUCGACGAACAGAAGCCUCCAGGAAUCACAACUCUGCCUGGAAAGGUCGACGAACAUAAGCCUCCAGGAAUCACAACUCUGCCUGGAAAGGUUGAUACCACAACAGGACAGAUCACUGUCACUCCACCCAAAGGGGACUUCACCUUCGAGAUUGUGGCAGAACCGUUCGGACUCAUCUUGAGCAAGCUCGGAGAGCUACUGCUCAAUGUACUCAACAAAACUGGGGACAAGGUGAUUCGAGCCGCAGCCUUCGCUCUGGAUGCAGCUUGCGAAGCUUUCAUUACUCUGCUUGCAGGGUUCGACAUCAUCGCUUCCGCCACCCUUACUGUCUUCGGGAACUUGAGUGAUGCUGUGUACAAGGCAGCCACAUCUGUGAACUUCGAUGGCUUGGGCAAGGCUUUAUGUAACCUUCUCAACAUGCUUGGCGACAUGUUCGAAGGGUUCUUCGGGGCAGUCGGUGUUGUGGUUGUCGGCUUGGGUCGGGCUCUCAAGGAUCUGCUGUACCAGCUGGGAUCUCUUGUGAACCAGUUCCUGGAUGGAGUCCUGUCCUUCAUCGUGGGAGUGGCUGGUGGGCUUCUAGGAGUUGGUUCUGCUCUCCUGGGCCCAAUUCUGGCACCGAUCGGCGUUUUGGUGAACGCCAUCAUCAGCACUGUGACUGGAACUCUGGGUGGACUUCUGAAACAGUUCGGUUUGAACCUGAAGCCAUUCACGGAUGCUCUGGGUCGUCUUGCAGCGGCCAUCACCACUCUGGAUAUCAAGGCCUUGGGAGGUAUCUUCGUGGAUGUUUUCGGCAGCUUCUCCAUCGUCAUCAUCGGUGUGUUCAAAGGUGCCGUGAAGGUUGGUAUCCCUCUACCAGGAAAGCUCCCCGGUGGUUCGACCGGAGGACAGAUCUCUGUGUCUCCACCCAAAGGGGACUUCACCUUCGAGAUUGUGGCAGAACCGUUCGGACUCAUCCUGAGCAAGCUCGGAGAGCUACUGCUCAAUGUAUUGAACAAAACUGGGGACAAGGUGAUUCGAGCCGCAGCUUUCGCUCUGGAUGCAGCUUGCGAAGCGUUCGUUACUCUGCUGGCAGGCUUUGAUAUCAUCGCUUCCGCCACUUUGACAGCAUUCGGUAACUUGAGUGAUGCUGUGUACAAGGCAGCCACAUCGGUGAAGUUCGAUGGCUUGGGCAAGGCUUUAUGUAACCUUCUCAACAUGCUUGGAGACAUGUUCGAAGGAUUCUUCGGGGCAGUCGGUGUUGUGGUUGUCGGCUUGGGUCGGGCUCUCAAGGAUCUGCUGUACCAGCUGGGGUCUCUUGUGAACCAGUUCCUGGAUGGAGUCCUGUCCUUCAUCUUGGGAGUGGCUGGUGGUCUUCUAGGAAUUGGUUCUCUUGGUGCUCUCUUGGGCCCAAUUCUGGCACCGAUCGGCGUUUUGGUGAACGCCAUCAUCAGCACUGUGACUGGAACUCUGGGUGGACUUCUGAAACAGUUCGGUUUGAAUCUGAAGCCAUUCACGGAUGCUCUUGGUCGACUUGCAGCAGCCAUCACCACUCUGGACAUCAAGGCGUUGGGAGGUAUCUUCGUGGAUGUUUUCGGCAGCUUCUCCAUCGUCAUCAUCGGUGUGUUCAAGGGUGCCGUGAAGGUCGGUAUCCCUCUACCAGGAAAGCUCCCCGGUGGUUCGACCGGAGGACAGAUCUCUGUGUCUCCACCCAAAGGGGACUUCACAUUCGAGAUUGUGGCAGAACCGUUCGGACUCAUCUUGAGCAAGCUCGGAGAGCUACUGCUCAAUGUAUUGAACAAAACUGGGGAGAAGUUGAUUCGAGCCGCAGCUUUCGCUCUGGAUGCGGCUUGCGAAGCGUUCAUUACUCUGCUGGCAGGCUUCGACGUCAUCGCUUCUGCCACCCUUACCGUCUUCGGGAACUUGAGUGAUGCUGUGUACAAGGCAGCCACAUCGGUGAAGUUCGAUGGCUUGGGCAAGGCUUUAUGUAACCUUCUCAACAUGCUAGGAGACAUGUUCGAAGGGUUCUUCGGAGCAGUUGGUGUUGUGGUUGUCGGCUUGGGUCGGGCUCUCAAGGAUCUGCUGUACCAGCUGGGAUCUCUUGUGAACCAGUUCCUGGAUGGAGUCCUGUCCUUCAUCUUGGGAGUGGCUGGUGGGCUUCUAGGAGUUGGUUCUGCUCUCCUGGGCCCAAUUCUGGCACCGAUCGGCGUUUUGGUGAACGCCAUCAUCAGCACUGUGACUGGAACUCUGGGUGGCCUUCUGAAACAAUUCGGUUUGAAUCUGAAGCCUUUCACGGAUGCUCUUGGUCGACUUGCAGCAGCCAUCACCACUCUGGACAUCAAGGCGUUGGGAAGUAUCUUCGUGGAUGUUUUCGGCAGCUUCUCCAUCGUCAUCAUCGGUGUGUUCAAGGGUGCCGUGAAGGUCGGUAUCCCUCUACCAGGAAAGCUCCCCGGUGGUUCGACCGGAGGACAGAUCUCUGUGUCUCCACCCAAAGGGGACUUCACAUUCGAGAUUGUGGCAGAACCGUUCGGACUCAUCCUGAGCAAGCUCGGAGAGCUACUGCUCAAUGUAUUGAACAAAACUGGGGACAAGGUGAUUCGAGCCGCAGCCUUCGCUCUGGAUGCAGCUUGCGAAGCGUUCAUUACUCUGCUUGCAGGGUUCGACAUCAGCGCUUCCGCCACCCUUACCGUCUUCGGGAACUUGAGUGAUGCUGUGUACAAGGCAGCCACAUCUGUGAACUUCGAUGGCUUGGGCAAGGCUCUAUGUAACCUUCUCAACAUGCUAGGAGACAUGUUCGAAGGGUUCUUCGGAGCAGUCGGUGUUGUGGUUGUCGGCUUGGGUCGGGCGCUCAAGGAUCUGCUGUACCAGCUGGGAUCUCUUGUGAACCAGUUCCUGGAUGGAGUGUUGUCCAUCAUCGUGGGAGUGGCUGGUGGUCUUCUAGGAGUUGGUUCUGCUCUCCUGGGCCCAAUUCUCGCACAGAUCGGCGUUUUGGUGAAUGCCAUCAUCAGCACUGUGACGGGAACUCUGGGUGGACUUCUCAAACCAUUCGGCUUGAAUCUGAAGCCAUUCACGGAUGCUCUUGGGCGUCUAGCAGCGGCCAUCACCACGCUCGAUAUUAAGGCCUUGGGAGGUAUCUUCGUGGAUAUUUUCGGCAGCUUCUCCAUCGUCAUCAUCGGUGUGUUCAAGGGUGCCGUGAAUGUUGGUAUCCCUCUACCAGGAAAGCUCCCCGGUGGGUCGAUCGAGGUGACCCCUGGCAAGGGAGAGGGAGCGAUCUCUGUGUCUCCACCCAAAGGGGGCUUCAGCUUUGAGAUUGUGGCAGAACCGUUCGGACUCAUCUUGAGCAAGCUCGGAGAGCUACUGCUCAAUGUACUCAACAAAACUGGGGACAAGGUGAUUAGAGCCGCAGCUUUCGCUCUGGAUGCCGCUUGCGAAGCAUUCAUAACUCUGCUGGCAGGCUUUGAUAUCAUCGCUUCCGCCACCUUGACAGCCUUCGGUAACUUGAGUGAUGCUGUCUACAAAGCAGCCACAUCGGUGAAGUUCGAUGGCUUGGGCAAGGCUUUAUGUAACCUUCUCAACAUGCUAGGAGACAUGUUCGAAGGUUUCUUCGGAGCAGUCGGUGUUGUGGUUGUCGGCUUGGGUCGGGCUCUCAAGGAUCUGCUGUACCAGCUGGGAUCUCUUGUGAACCAGUUCCUGGAUGGAGUCCUGUCCUUCAUCUUGGGAGUGGCUGGUGGGCUUCUAGGAGUUGGUUCUGCUCUCCUGGGCCCAAUUCUGGCACCGAUCGGCGUUUUGGUGAACGCCAUCAUCAGCACUGUGACUGGAACUCUGGGUGGACUUCUGAAACAGUUCGGUUUGAAUCUGAAGCCAUUCACGGAUGCUCUUGGUCGUCUUGCAGCGGCCAUCACCACGCUGGACAUCAAGGCGUUGGGAGGUAUCUUCGUGGAUGUUUUCGGCAGCUUCUCCAUCAUCAUCAUCGGUGUGUUCAAGGGUGCCGUGAAUGUUGGUAUCCCUCUACCAGGAAAGCUCCCCGGUGGGUCGAUCGAGGUGACCCCUGGUAAGGGAGAGGGAGCGAUCUCUGUGUCUCCACCCAAAGGGGGCUUCAGCUUUGAGAUUGUGGCCGAACCAUUCGGACUCAUCUUGAGCAAGCUGGGAGAGCUACUGCUGAAUGUAUUGAACAAAGCUGGGGACAAGGUAAUUCGUGCCGCAGCAUUCGCGCUGGAUGCAGCUUGCGAUGCAUUGAUUACUCUGUUUGCAGGGUUCGACAUCAUCGCUUCCGCCACCUUGACGGCCUUCGGGCACUUGAGUGAUGCUGUGUUCAAUGCAGCCAUCUCAGUGAACUUCGAUGGUCUGGGCAAGGCUUUAUGUAACUUCCUGAACAUGCUUGGAGACGUGUUCGGAGUGAUAUUCGGAGGAGUUGGUGUCGUUGUCGUAGGCUUGGGACUGGCUUUGAAGAAUCUGCUUUACCAGCUGGGAUCUCUUGUGAACCAGCUCCUGGAUGGAGUUCUGUCCAUUAUCUUGGGAGUGGCUGGUGGGCUUCUAGGAGUUGGUUCUGCUCUCUUGGGCCCAAUUCUGGCACCGAUCGGCGUUUUGGUGAAUGCCAUCAUCAGCACUGUGACGGGAACUCUGCGUGGACUUCUCAAACCAUUCGGUUUGAAUCUGAAGCCAUUCACCGAUGCUCUGGGUCGUCUUGCAGCGGCCAUCACCACGCUGGAUAUCAAGGCGUUGGGAGGUAUCUUCGUCGAUAUUUUCGGCAGCUUCUCCAUCAUCAUCAUCGGUGUCUUCAAGGGUGCUACGAACGUCGGUAUCAACCUUCCAGGGAAACUUCCCGGCGGGUCGAUCGAGGUGACCCCUGGUAAGGGAGAGGGAGCGAUCUCUGUCUCUCCACCCAAAGGCGACUUCCACUUUGGGCUCGUGGCGGAACCGUUCGGACUCAUCUUAAGCAAGCUCGGAGAGCUGCUUGUGAGUGUAUUGGCUAAAGCUGGUGAGAAAGUAAUUCGAGCUGCAGCAUUCGCUCUCGAUGCUGCUGUCGAUGGUUUGAUCACUGUGCUGGCAGGAUUUGGAAUUGUUGUCGAAGCGACAUUGAAAGCGUUCGGGGAUCUGAGCGAUGCCGUUUUCAAAGCAGCCACGUCAGUAAGCUUUGAAGGCUUGGGCAAAGCUCUGGAUGACCUUAUCGAUUUGGUGGGUGAUGUGCUUGAGAUCGUGUUGAGGGGAGCUGAAAAAGUACUUGUGGGUCUAGGCUUUGCCAUCAAGAAUCUCUUCUAUCAGAUCGGAAACUUGGUGCAUGACCUUUUGGAUGGAAUCCUUUCGGUCAUCUUGAGCGCUGCCAAUGGUCUGCUGGGAUUGACCUCUGUGCUGCUCCGUCCAAUUCUCGCCCCGAUCGGCUUCCUUGUGGAUGCAAUCAUCAGCAGUGUCACCGGCACUCUUGCUGUUAUUCUGAAACCUUUAGGCCUGAAGCUAGAAUCCUUGGGAGAUGCCCUGGGACGCUUGGGCAAGUGCAUCAGCACCUUGGACAUCAAGUCCUUGGGACCAUGCCUGGGUGAAGUUUUCGGAUCAGUUUCAGUUGUGAUCAUCGGCAUCUUCCAGGGCAUUGAGGUUUUGAUCUUUGGCAAGCCUGCGCCCCUGCCAAUUGCGCCGGCGCCAAAGCCCACUGCUCCUGUCACAAUCAAAGUGGACAUCAGUUUCACGGCCAUGCCCAUCCAGCUCGUUCUCAACGGUGUGGGCAAACUCGUGGCCAGCAUUUUCGACAAAGCCGGCGAGAGGAAGAUCCGCGACGCCGCCAUGGCCCUGGACACGGCGGUCGACGCUCUGAUCACUAAGCUCAGAACGCUGUCCUUCAUCUCAGUCGCCGCCGUGGAUGCGCUGGCCAAGCUCAGCGACGCUCUGUACAAGGUAGCCACAUCAAACAUGGACAAAGUCGGCACAGCCAUCUCCAAUUUACUGCUGAAGCUCGCGGACAUCCUCGUCGACCUGUUCGGGGCUGCCAACAAGUCUCUGUCGCAGGCCUUGAAGGCUUUCGUGCAGCGCGUGGCAUCUCUCGUGCAGAACCUUCUGGACGGCCUUCUCAAUUUCAUCAUGAACUUGGGAGGCCUGUUCAUCUUCGGCGGUGCAGACGUAUUUCUGGCGCCGAUCAUGCUCCCCAUCGGCGCCAUCGUCGACGCCACGAACGACGCCGUCACAACGGAUCUGGCCACAGCGUUGGCGGCGUUCGGCUUGAGCGUGACGUCCCUGACCACCGCCCUCAACAAACUCAAGAAGGCCAUCACCUCCGUCGAGACUAAGAAUCUCGGGGCCAUCUUCGUCGACAUCUUCUCGGCUUCGGCGGCUGCCUUCCUCGUUAUCAACUUUGUCGGCUCGAUCGUGAUCGAGACCCAAUCUAGCACCGUCAUCGACUUGACGAGUCUCAACAGCCUCAUCUCCGGCAAGAAGGGCAACCAGUUCGACAUGUCUUUCGGUACCGAUGCUGGCUUCCAGUUCGGUAGCAAUACCGACUUUGAUUUUUCGACCGACGCUGCUUUCGGACUCCAAACCAAGCAGUCACGGGCCGUCAUUACAUGGGUCCCCAGACCUGGCCAAAUGGUCCAUAAUCAGAAAUAGUUAUUUUAGGUACAUUAUUAGUUACCGUUCUAGUACUCUUGGCACUAGUCAGGGAUUGGCUUUUGGGUCUUUUCCCUUCUUUGUGGUUUUCGCGUGUAUUGUGUCUGCAGUUACAAUAAUGGUGGCAAGCCACCAUUAUUGAUUAUGAUGAAGACGAAAUGUCUCUCUCAAAAGGGAGUUUCGUAGGGACUCAAACCUUAUGGACUUUCUGCGCGUUCCUUCCUGCAUUGUUAGACUGUCUAGAGUUGUCUUGAGUUUAGACCUUAAUAAAGUCAAUAGUUCAGUUGAUCAUGUGACUAUGUCAAAAGCCGAAGCAGGGGUUAGUUGUUGCAGCUUGGUGUGAGGCAAAAAGCACCAGUUCUGCAUACGGCUCCACUUUCUCUUCUGUAUUCGAAGCAUCCUUGAAAUAAACAACUCUUCAUUCGAAA